AUGUGUAAACAGGUGCUCGCCCGCCGCUGUGUCGUCCUCAGAAACGCCAUCUGCUCCCGCACCACGUCGUGCCUGAACCAGCCACCGGCCGCCAAGUGCGGCGGCAUCGUCGACGCCAUCGUAGUGUACAACGUCUACGGCCAGGACACACGCGACGACCACAGUGGAUACGACGUCUACUACAGGUGCAUCGUCUACGAAAAUGGAAUCCACGCCCACGUUGUCCACUUUGUCUACUGCAGAUACAACGUCGGCGUCAUCUACAACCGAAUUCACACCCGCACCUACUUCGUCUACAACAGAUGCAACAUCUGCAACGUUUACUGCAGAUAUCAAAACUACCAAAGUAAGCGGCAGUUACAGCACUUCUUCAAGCUGGGGUUCAGCCCCAGGCGCCUCAUCGACAAGCAGCUCCAGUCCCAUUUCAAGCCCGACAUCAACCUCAAGCAGUAUUACACCAAGUACCGCCAGCUCCAGUACUUCUGCGAGUGUGACGAACAGCAGUAG